AUGGUUCGUUCAGUAUGCCCAGAUAAGCUGAAUGUUUUUCCUAUUUCAGUCUCCAAGCCAGCACCUUACUGGGAAGGAACAGCCGUCAUUAAUGGAGAGUUUAAAGAGUUGAAAUUAACGGAUUAUGAAGGAAAAUAUCUUGUCUUUUUCUUCUAUCCUCUUGACUUUACAUUUGUAUGUCCAACUGAGAUAAUCGCCUUCAGUGACAGAAUUGAAGAAUUCAGAGCAAUAAAUACCGAAGUAGUAGCAUGUUCUGUGGACUCAAAGUUCACUCACUUAGCAUGGAUUAAUACUCCUCGAAAACAAGGAGGACUUGGACCUAUGAAGAUUCCACUUCUUUCAGACUUGACACACCAAAUUUCAAAGGAUUAUGGAGUAUAUCUGGAAGAUCAAGGGCAUACACUUAGAGGCCUUUUCAUUGUUGAUGAUAAGAGAAUCCUUCGACAGAUCACGAUGAAUGACCUUCCUGUUGGGAGAUCAGUGGAUGAAACGCUUCGUUUAGUACAAGCAUUCCAAUACACAGACAAACAUGGAGAAGUUUGCCCUGCUGGUUGGAAACCUGGCAGUGAAACAAUAAUUCCAGAUCCAGCUGGAAAACUGAAGUAUUUUGAUAAACUAAACUGAGUCUCACUUCUGUUGAAUUACAUAGGUCACAUUCAACUUGAUUUUUGCCAAUAAAAUUUCAUUAAUUUUGUUA